AGCAAUCAUACUCGUCGUAGGUGAAGCCAUAAAACAAAAAUGAAUAGAUUUAAAAGUCCAAUUUAAAUACGACCGUUAUUAAAGUGUUGCUACGGAAUCUUCAAUACACCUAACAACUUCAGAUGAAAUUAAAUUUUCUAGACCGGUUCCAUGGCUUCAUAAAGUUUUCAAUAGAAUUUCCAGUAUUCAAGGUUUACUCUUUCAGAUUGACCUUCAAUUAAGCUUUUAUAGUAGGUAGUAUUGUUUACAAAUAAGCGGUAUAAAUGGCAAGGUUACGUUGAAGCUUAGGCGGCCGAUUCCGGUCCCGUCUGAAGUAUGUUGGCGGAUUCACCAUGGUGCGGCGGCGAGAUAGAGUCUUUAGACUGUUUGUCGCUCGAUAAGGCUCGGAGUGAGGAUCUGAGCGUUAUCGUAGCCGUAGCGAGCGGAAGGAGACGGCCGGGCCGCGGUCGAUAGGCGGCGGGCGCAGGCGCGGGUUGCUAGCGCCUCUGCUCCCGUAGAUCACGUUAGUUCGCCGGCGGGUUGAUCGAGACGCGGAGCUUGUAGUGCGUCCGUUAGGGCGCUCGCGGACGCGUGCACCAUGCAAGGCAGAGGCCGCCGCGGCGUGCCUGGCGCUGCCGUCAUCCUGGCGCUGGCCGUGGCCUGCCUGCCGCAUGCUGACCAUGCCGCGGGUGCGGGCGGAGGAGGGAUGUUCGGCGACGUCAACAUAUCUGCCAUCCUCGACUCUCUGUCAGUCAGCUACGACAAACGAGUGCGGCCCAACUACGGAGGUCCGCCGGUGGAGGUGGGCGUCACCAUGUAUGUGCUCUCUAUCAGCUCCGUCUCCGAAGUGCUCAUGGAUUUUACCCUGGAUUUCUACUUCCGCCAGUUUUGGACAGACCCUAGACUGGCUUAUAAAAAGAGACCGGGCGUAGAAACACUCUCAGUCGGAUCGGAGUUCAUUCGUAACAUAUGGGUGCCAGACACUUUCUUCGUCAAUGAAAAACAAUCCUACUUUCAUAUUGCUACUACAAGCAAUGAAUUUAUACGUAUUCAUCAUUCCGGAUCAAUCACUAGAAGUAUAAGACUGACUAUCACGGCUUCCUGUCCAAUGGACCUUCAGUACUUCCCAAUGGAUCGGCAACUUUGCAACAUCGAGAUUGAAAGUUUCGGCUACACGAUGCGGGACAUCCGCUACAAGUGGAACGAGGGGCCCAACUCGGUAGGCGUGUCCAGCGAGGUGUCCCUGCCGCAGUUCAAGGUGCUCGGCCAUCGCCAGCGGGCCAUGGAAAUCUCCCUCACUACAGGAAACUACUCAAGAUUGGCUUGCGAGAUUCAAUUCGUCCGCUCUAUGGGUUACUAUUUGAUUCAAAUCUACAUUCCUUCCGGCUUGAUUGUCAUCAUUUCUUGGGUUUCCUUCUGGUUGAACCGAAAUGCGACUCCCGCCAGGGUGUCUCUCGGAGUCACCACUGUCUUGACUAUGACUACCCUCAUGUCUUCUACGAACGCAGCAUUGCCAAAGAUUUCUUAUGUAAAGUCUAUCGACGUCUACCUGGGAACAUGCUUCGUGAUGGUCUUCGCUAGUCUUUUAGAAUACGCUACUGUCGGCUACAUGGCCAAGAGGAUACAGAUGCGCAAACAACGAUACACCGCGGUUCAAAAAAUGGCUGCUGAGAAGAAAAUGGCUGAUGGUCCCGCUCCAGGCCCCGCUAUUGAACCUAUCCCUCCUCCACGGGGAGGAACUCUCUCUAGGUCCCACACUCCCGGUCAUCCCCCCCACCCCCCGCACCCGCUCCACCACAGUCACCCGCACGGACAUCCCCAUCCUCCAAGCCGUUCAUCGGAAGUGCGAUACAAGGUCCAUGAUCCUAAAGCUUACUCGAAAGGCGGCACCUUGGAGAACACCAUCAACGGAUCGCAGCGCGCCCCGCCCCCCGUGCCGCUGCCGGCAGCCCCCGCGGACGAAGAAGCUGGACCCCCGCUCAUUCCUGCAUCGAAGGGAAUCAACAAAUUGCUCGGCACAACUCCAUCGGACAUCGACAAAUACUCUCGCAUCGUGUUCCCCGUCUGCUUCAUCUGUUUUAACCUGAUGUACUGGAUUAUAUACUUGCACGUCUCCGAUGUAGUUGCUGAUGACUUGGUACUACUUGGAGACAUUAACUAAAUAUUGAUAUACCUGAUGAAUAACGGAUAAGAUUUUACUGAUGAAACUAGGGCAAUGACCAUCGAACCCUCCGAUAAUAGAUAAUUAUAAUGUCUUAUGAUAAUAUUCUACCAUGUUUAAUAACAUUCAAAAUUACAGUCACGGUUUUUAAUAGAAUUUAUAAUAAGGAGCACUAAAAUUACAUAUAAGUGACUUAAUCACUUAACUCUUGCUUAGUAUCUAUUUCUUUAGAAUCCGUUUCCACCGUAAAAUUCAAGCGUAAGGCAAUUACCUAAUUCCAACGACUCUAUGUAUAACACUAAUUCACUGACAGCUAACUGUGCGAUUGCAUAGUUAGUGAUUUAAAUUACAAAAUUUACCCUAGAAUGCACGGAUAUCUGUAUAUCUCUAAAAUAAGUCCUUAAUUCGAAAA